AACUUCAAUUGCCAUUUUCGAUUUAUCGUAUGUUCAAUACCCCAUCGGUGCAUAUCAUGUGAGGGGGAAUGGUACGAUGAAGACGCUGCCGUACGACGCCCGAACACCAUUCAUCUUGAUGCAGUACUAUAGAAAUAUUCCAAACUCUACAGUUCGGAGCUGUACAGCCGGGGUAGCUCAUGCCUGCACAAGGUCAGGCGAAGCGUCGGCGUGCAAGCCAGGCGACAGAUGGACCCGCCAAACGCACUAGAGUCUCCAGGGCUUGCGACCAAUGCCGUGUUGCUCGCGAGAAAUGUGAUGGAGUGCAGCCAAUGUGCUCGAGUUGUUCCAUGUCGAGUAGAGGGUGCACGUACACCGCGAACCCCAAAAAGAGAGGCAUACAGCCAGGGUAUAUUCGGGCCCUUGAGCUGGCACUCGCUUGGCUAUUUCAGCUCAAUGCCGAUGACGAGACCUCACUCAACGACAAGUUAGCACAAGGCGGUGCUUCUUCUUUACUGCUCAGUCGGGAUUCGAAGGAAUCCAAUAGACUGCACAAGAAAUGGCGAAAGAGCUCAUUCUACAGAGAUGUUGAUAAGCUAUUGUCAGGAGGAGAGACUUCCAGGCAUGAACCAGCGGAGCCACUAUCACCUCGAAGUGAUGAUGAGGAUUCAGAUGUGGAUGAGAUGCGCGUCCCUCCCGUCAUUCAGGGUGAGGAUUUUGAUCAGGGUAAGCAAGACGAGGCUGGCCCUGGUGGACUGCUGCACCAGCCCUCAUCUGCGUUCUUGCCACACGUUCUACAGAGUCCCAACCUGGUCUCCUUACCACCUGAUUGCUGGCGAUUGUUGGAAACAUACUUCACUUACAUCCAGAGUUGGUUUCCCAUAUCCGAAAAGCACGAUCUUUUGAAGCUAUCAUAUUCAUAUCCAGCCCAAGGACUUCCCGUCUCUCCCGACCUACCAGAAUCAGGCGCUCAUGCGGAACUUUGGAGUAUUCUGGCAGCAGCUUCCAUUUACGAUGGAGGUAAUAUGAGUCAGUUCGAAGAUCAAGACCAUCCCUCAAAGACAACACCUAGACAACUAUACGACACAGCCAAAGCAUGGAUACCCAACGAAUUUGGCGGUUUUGACCUGGGGCACGUCAAGGCACUUCUCAAUCUUGCGAUAUUCAACGUGUCACAGUCAUCCAUAGAGCCUGCCUGGUUGCUUGUCGGUUGUGCUUCCCGAAUUCUUGAAAGAAUGAACAAUGCCUCAUUAAACGCAAGUUCAAGGCUAAAGCACACUGUUGCUGGUUGUUUCAUACUUGAUACUAUUCUUGCUCUGCAGCUAGGUCGACGCUCGUACUUCCAGCGUUCUGAUCUUAAACAGCUUGGCAGCAUCAACGAGGACAACAUCGAGGAGUGGCAGCCAUGGACUGGUGGUCAGCAUACCUCCUCACAACAACAAGCAAGAAUACCAGUGAUGUCUAUCAGUAGCUUCAACUGCCUUGUGGAAAUUGUCGAUAUCUUGGCCAGUUGCGAAGAACAGCUGUCCUCCGGUUUCUCUGCCGAUCAUGCCUCCCAGCGAUUUGAGAUCUGGAAAGCCUCUCUGCCCCCGAAACUUGACUAUCUCCGAUUUGACAACACUACUACGCCUUUGACUCCACCGGCAAUUUUAUUACAACUGGCUUCUUGUACAACCGCUCUCUCCCUGGCUCCGUCGGAACCACGAUUUCAUCAAAUUUUGCAGAUGCUCGAACGAGCCCAAGAACACAUAGGUCUAGCAAGUCUGCCACCGGUCACGAGCUAUCUACUAGGAAUUAUUAGGAAAUAUAGCGCCCGGCUCACUACGAAUCAAGCAUUGCACGCCCGUAUCGAAAGGCUGCACCUCGACAUCGCUCAAACAUGGCAAAUUUCAUCUUCUGCACUUCACACAACUCAAAUCCGGACAAACGAAACUUCAAAAACGCUCCCAAGACGUUCUAUCACAGCUAUGCAGAUGCCAACUCCAGACUCGGUUCACAAUCCUCUUUCGCGCCCACAAACAGUUCACCAGACUGCUGCAACAGGCAUUAUACAGACCAUGCCAACCCCACACAACUCCAUUGUACCUGACUUGCACACCACGUCGAGUUUGUACCAACCAGACGACGCCUUUCUGGGUCUGCACAGCCCGGUAUUACCUGAUCCUCGCUACCCAAAUAUGACAAACGACCUCGAAAACUUCUUCGACGAUUUGGCCUCACUGGACAGCACGAAUAGGCUUGAACACCAGCCACAGUUCAUGCAGAAUCUGGGAUUCGCGCCAGACGCAAAUAUGUCUGAUCUGUUCGGCGACUACAUGCCAUUGCAGUCAUCCGCUUUUGUGGCGCAGGAGAAUCAUGAGUCUAUGCCUUUUGAUCAAUACAGCUUUUUCGAUGGAAGUUGA